AUGACCGUUCCCGCUAGUUCCAAGACCCUCCCACCGGGCAUAUACUGUCCUACGGUAACUUUCUUUCAACCUACUCCAGAGCAGGAUCUAGAUGUCGACUUGCAUAUAAGACAUAUGACUUUCUUAGCCAAGUCUGGGAUUGCAGGGGUGGUCGUGCAGGGUAGUACCGCUGAGGCUGUAGCUUUAGACUACGAAGAGAGGAAGACUCUCAUCUCGACAGCCAAACAAGCUUUCCGACAAGCGGGUAACAACGGACCUAUCAUAGCUGGUACAGUCGGAGCUCAAUCUUCCAGAGAAGCUUUGAAACUAUGUAAAGACGCUUAUGAAGCUGGAGCGGAUUUCGCUUUGGUCUUACCGCCAUCGUAUUAUCCUGCUGCUAUGACUGUGGAUGCGAUUCAAGGAUUUUUCGGAGAGCUCGCCUUUGCAUCUCCCAUCCCAAUCAUCAUAUAUUCCUACCCUGGUGUAUGUAGCGGUAUCCAAAUGGACACCGACAUGAUCUGCAGAUUGGCCAAACACCCUAAUAUCGUCGGUGUGAAACAUACAGAUCAUGAUGUCGGUCGAAUAGCGAGGGAAACCGCUUUUGCCAAGCAAAAUAAUUUCGGAUCCCCAUUCACCAUCCUAGGUGGAGCGACCGACUACUUGCUAGGAGCAUUAGCAGUAGGUGGUCAGGGAGCUAUCACAGGCAUGGCGAAUGUUGCUCCCAGAGUCUGUGCCAAGGCAUUCGAAUUGGCCAAAGAAGGAAGACAAGAAGAAGCACUGAAAUAUGCUGGGGCAAUCAGUCAAGCUGAAUGGGGGAUGGGUAAAGGUGCUAUAUUAGGUACCAAGUUCAUGACUUCGUGGGCCAACUCUUACCCCUCUGACUCAAUCCUGGCUCGAAAACCCCUGGCACUUUGUCCCGAAUCGACUAAAGAACAUUGCAGAGCUGUUGGAGCUGAGAUCGUGGCGAUGGAAAGACAGUUGGAGAAGGAAGGUUGGGUAGGCGAGGCUCUUCGUGGAAGUGCGGAGAAGGUUAAUGGAAAUGGGACUGCUAAUGGGAACGGGAUCCUUGAUCCUCUGAAAAACAGCGUACCUGCUCUUUGA